AUGGAAAAUUAUACAAAUAUGGUUGAGUUUGAUAAUGAUAUGUUUAUUGAUGAUGGGGAAGAAAGUGAAGAAGCUGAUGCUGAUUAUAUAUCUGAUACUAAGAAUUUGGAUGAUCUUUUGCAGUAUAAUGAUAAAGAUUUAGAAAUUGAAGAAAU